UGGUUUCUGUUUAGUUUCUGUGAUUUUGAAUUCUGAUUUUGAUAACAACUUCGAGUACCAUGGUGAUAAGGAUUUCCGCCGCCGAUAUUUUAAUUAAAAGUUGAAUUUAAAUUGAGAUUGAACUGAAGUAAAGCCAUAAACAGCUGAAUGCUACCGAACGAUCGUGCAUUUGAGAUAAAUUAACGAGUACAAUGUCCAUAUACGGAGACAGCGAUCAAUACGCAGACAGCGACGAUGGCAGUAUUCACAAUAGCAGGAGGUUUAGCAGUGAAGCUGAAGCGUCGCCGUCGCCGUCGCCUUCAUUGCAGUCGGAUGCAUCUGUAUCGCCUCCAUUGCGGUCGCCUGCAUCGCCUUAUAGAUCGAAUACUCCUAGAUAUUUACGUAAUUCGUUCGACGAUUCGAGUUACUCGCACGAUGAAGAAAUGUCGAAACUCAUUGUCAAAAUCAACGAUCCACCUGAUCCGGUGACCGAAUCAUUCGGCGAUCUGUUUUCAAAACCGCUGACAAAGAUUUCUUGUCAUUAUAUCACCAUAAAAGUUGAUACGGAGGUUUACGAGUCAAACCGGAUACAAUUAGCUUUGAAGUCAGACUACUUCGAAAAACUACUAACAGCAGACUUCAACGAAAAAGACUCGAAAAGCGUAGAAAUCCAUACAAUUGACAGCGGUACAUUUUCCAUUGUACACGAUAUGAUAACGAAGGAUACAGAACUGCGAACCGUUUUAAAUCUGGAUAACUACGCAACGUUAUUAUGGGCGAUGGAUUACCUGCAAAUGGAAAUAGAUCUGAAAGUAUUUCGUCGCUAUCUGUACGAAUAUCUACAAAUACCUACGCCGCUGUUCCCGAAUGUAUGGAAAUUACUCGACUAUAUCGCGGCGAAUCAGAAUUUUAAAUACUUGUUGCCUACGUUUUACCAGUAUUUUUCCAUCCAUUUGGGCGAAGUAGCCGACUGCGAAGAGAUUCUAUCUUUACCGGUGACUCAGCUGGUUAAAAUCAUUACUAGAAAUGUGCUAUCGGUGGUUGAAAAAGAAAAGCAUUCGAUUAGUCUACUUUGUGCUAGAUGGAUUACUCACGAUAUGGUUAACAGGUUAUCGAGUAUUUUCACUUUGGUCAAUGCUGUUAGGUGCAGAUACGGGCUCUCUUUCAGAGUAAAUGGCGAAAAUGUAAACAUACAGCAUUUACACGAUGUCGGCGAAGAACUGAAAUUAACAUCGGUGCUUAAAUACUUUAACGUUUUGUUCGAUUAUCACGGAGAAAUUGCUUACACCAAAGAAGAAUCGAUCAAGGAGGAGAAAUCGCAGCACGUAUGGGCCGAUGAUGAACGUGAGUCAUUGCCAAUGAGAACCCGUCCAUUGAAACGAAAAAGGAGAUCGGAUCGUUCGUCAGAAGACAGCUCUAGCUCGAGGGAACCGUCUGUAGAUAAAUCUAAAACUCCUCCGACAGCGAUCAGCGUUAUUAAUAAAAUCGACGAAAACACCAAAUGGACGACAUUUCUACAAAACGGUCAUUUCUACGAUGUUACUGCGAAAGUCGAAGGAAAAAGCUUUAAACUUCAUUUGUGCAAAUUGAAAUCACUAUCCGGAUAUUUCGCUCGUCUUUCUUCGCAAAUUUUCGACAAAGAUACCGAACACUUACUCGACGAAAUUGAUCAAGCAACUUUCAAUAUGAUAAUCGAUUACAUUUACUUCAACACUGAGAUUCGCUUGAAAUCUAAAAAUGUCUUACGUAUAUUGAAAGCUAGCGCUGUUUUGGAAGUCGACGAGAUAAUCGAAGAAUGCGAAGAAUAUAUACAGAGAGCGAAACGCAGACUAUCCGCGUCUUUUAUGGAAUUAGUGGAUUUCUGUUGCGGAAAGAACCGUUUGAAAAAAAUAUAUACGACUUUGUGCGAUUAUUUGGUCGACUCGUGGCCCGAAGCGGUAGACAUGCCUUCAUUUGGCUCGAUUUCGUACGAAACGUUAGAAAGUAUACUGAAUUUCGGCGAUUUAGAAAUCGACCAGGAAAGGGAAAUAUUGAAAUUUUGUUCGAGAUGGAUCGUUCACGAUGUCAACAAUCGAUUCAAACUAAUACCUCGAAUCGCUUCGGCGAUUAAUCGUAAUUACAUGACUAUCUACGACUGUGAUAAAAUGGAAAUCGCCGCCGAUUCCAGGAUGGAUUACUCAGAGUCGUACGUUCGGUUUAAAUUGAAAGAGAUAUUAAUCGCAACGUCGUUAGUUCCUCUCAGUGUAACUGCGAAGAAACCCUGGAAAUUUGAUAAAAGUCAAUUAUUCAUUUCGAUGGAAGAGGAUAACCUGAACGAAAUAGUUAUUCUAGACACUAAAAUGAAUAGUAUCGCGUCGAUUGCUAUGAUGAAAGCUCGCGACCAAGAUGACUACAUGAAAUUAAUUCCAUCGGCUGCCAUCGUCAACGAUGAUAUAUUUAUCUAUCGUGCCAUCGGAUUCAUUCCUUAUUUCAAUGUUUACAACAGGGUGUCGAAAAAAUGUUACUCUUUGGCAGCAAGUUACCGAAUGCGCGAUAGUCACGGUACGUUGUUGAAUUGCAACAAUCAAGUGUAUUACUGUUGCAAUAACAGUUGCAUAGUACAUUAUUCGUUCGAAUUGAAUCGCUGGGUGCGACUCGUCAAAUGUGACUACAAUAAAAAAGUAAUAACGCACUUGAGCGAUGGCAAAUCGCUUUACAGGGUACGUCGAGGUGUUCUAUUUCCGAACAACGUCGUUAUUGAAGAGUAUAAUUUCAAGCGCAACAAAUGGACUGUGUUACCAAAUCUGCACUUUGAAAUGGACACGACUGUGAAUCGACGUUUAUUAAGACAAGUAAUUGUGAGCGGUGCUCUUGCUAUUGUUUCGCCUUUGGCGAUACAUUUAUUUGAUAGAUCUACUAGAAUGUGGAGCGCAAUACCAACUAUUUCUCUCGCUCCUAGCAGUAGAGAUUCGAUGAAAACGGUUUUUGUCGAUGUUGAAAAUGAUAAAAUGUACUUGACGACGAACGAAGCAAUUUAUUCUGUUUCUUUGAAAAUUGCCACAUCUGGAGCAUUGGUGCCGUUUAAACGAAUCUCUGGUGUUAGCGAACCUUUUUUCUUCCAGCCUGUUCACGCUAUUCCUUCGUAGGAACUUUUUUAUGUUUAUAUUAUUUUUUUCUGAAUGUGUUCAAUAAACGUUAUUAUUUUUAA